AUGGCGACUAUGCUUCAAUGGUUGGGAAAGUCACCCUCAAAGAAACAGAAGCUGUCAAAUGUCGAACGACGUGAAUAUGAAAAAACACGACACAGAUCGUUUCAGGAAGGUUGGUAUAAAUCUUUCACUUGGCUAAGGCAUUCAUCUGAAGAGAACAAAAUGUACUGUACGUUAUGUGAAAAGUUUGACAGGAGCGAAAAUCCCUCCACCUUUAAAUUAGGCACAAACAAUUACAAAAUCGACAUUGUGAAGAAGCAUGAAAAGUCUGAGACACAUACUAGGAGCUUGGAGCGAUCCAGGGCUGCCUCUGUAUCUCCAGGAGAGUCAAUUGGAGAGAAAACUGUCGUUGCUCUGAACAAAUGUGCAACUUUGAAACUAUGCCAUCUCUUCAGAAAUGCACACUAUGUAGCAAAAUUAGGGAAGCCCUACACCGACUAUGUAUCUCUGUGUAGGCUUGAUGCCGCAAAGAAAAUUGAUAUAGGGAGUACAUAUCUGACUGACAAAUAUUGCCAACAAAUUAUCUCAAAUAUUGCCGAUACCAGGCGUGUGGUGCAGAGGGAUGUUGUGCAAAAGGCCAACUUUAUUUCUGUAAUUUCCGACGGGGCCACAGACUGUGCCUCUAUGGAAACCGAGAUAGUGUAUUGCAGAACGUCUGUUGGAUGUGAGGUGUCCACUUUCUUUGUUGGGAUCAAGCAUGUGAGACGAGCUGAUGCUGUGACCAUAUCCCAGGCAAUUACCUCCCUUCUAGACACCAGAUUUCCCGAUUGGAGAGAGAAAAUCAUUGCCAUGGGGACAGACGGUGCAUCUGUGAUGGUGGGGAAGAAAGGAGGGGUUGUUAAGAUUGUUUCUGAGGCUGUGGAUCGCCCUUUCUUGAAGGGAAUUCAUUGUUCUGCACAUAGGUUGGAACUUGCGUACAAGGAUGCAACAAAAAAAAUUCCCAUCCAUCAAAGAUGUGAGCUGCUGUUACUCAACCUUUAUUUAUUUUACAAAUACAGCCCACUCAACCGAGCAAACCUCAGAGCAUCAUUUGAGUCUCUUGGUAAAGCAUCAAGGGUUCCAACUAGAAUGGGUGGUACACGGUGGCUUCCUCACACAAAACGUGCAUUGAAGCAAAUGUUGGAAGGCAUGGAUGGCAUCGUCCUUCAUCUGGAACAGAUGCAGCAGCAACCCCAGAAAGAAUCAAGCUGUAAGGCAAAGAAUUUUCUGAAGGUCCUAAAAUCUCCUGAAACCAUCUAUUGGCUGCAUCUUAUGACAGAUGUCAUAAGGUGCCUGUCAAAAGUGUCAGAGACAAUUCAGGAGAAACACAGUACUGUUGCCGAUAUUGCCAGUGAAUUAGAAUGUGCAAAAAACAUAAUUGAAAAGUACAAAUCAAGUGUUGGUCCAUGUCUGAGAUCAAUGUCUCCUGAUUCAUUGCUGGAGAAGCAAAUGACAGAAAGGAAAACAAAGUUGUUGGUUUCCUUGCUAACUGCACUAACAGAUAGGUUUUCUGGGGAUGCUAAUCUUUUCCUGCCUGCUGCAACCCUCCUUUCCAUUAAAAUGUGGCCAGAUUUUAAAGAAGAAUUAGGUAAUUUCCAAGAAAAUGAAGAUAAACUUUAA